AUGGGUUUCUUCGGAAUGGUGCUUAAGCCUGGGCAGAAGGAGACCGUCGAGGUCCCCCCCGGCUGGUGUCUCCAGCUUUGCACGGCAGCUCUUGAGCCAGCGAAAGCAGGCGUGAAGCCCCGAGAUGUGUCGGCGACUUUGUGGGUCCAGGCCGAGGACAGCGAGAUCGGUGACAACUCGUACCUGCUUGGCAGCCUCCAGGGUGGCGGACCCUGCGCUCAAAUCCCAGUGGGGCACUGCCUGACAAGCGUAGACGGGGAAAUCAUCAUGGAGGCGAAGGGCGGGGGUACUAUCCACCUCACGGGCUUCUUCAACAGGGAAUACGACCCAGAUGCUGAGAACGACGACGACUCUAGCGAGGAGGAAUCGUCCGAGGAAGGUUCCGAGGAAGGUUCCAAUGCCGAGCUGCGCUCAAAGCUGGCCUUGCUCCUGGCAGACGCGGAGGCGGAGGAUGGUGACGAUGACGAUGACGAGGAUGACGAAGAAGAAGAUAAUGACAGCGGUAGACAAUCCUCGAAGUGGGCAGGGCGCCGCGUACGGCCAGCGGAAGACGACGACAAGAAGAAGAACGGCAAGAAGAGGCCCGCGAGCGCCAGUGGGAAAGCUCCUGCCUCUUCCCCGCCUGCAGCCUCUGCGUCGCCGUCGAGCCAACAGAGGCCGCCCAAAAAGUCCAAGAAAUCGACGGAGGCGGCGGCGGCGGUGGGCGAGGGCGGAGCUGUGGCAUCUACGGAGGGAGGAGAUGAAGACAAGACUCCGGAGAUGACCAAGCAGGAGAGAAAGCGGCAGCGCAAGAGGGAGAACAAAAGAAUGUUCGGGGGGGGCAAGAUUGCGGUACCCGGCAAGAACGUGAAGAUCUGCUACGAAGGUUGCUUCCCUGACGGCCGCGUGUUCGACAAGAACGACAACCGCCGACGGCCGCUGCGGUUUCGAGUCGGCAUGAAGAACGUGAUCGCGGGCAUGGACAGGGGCGUGGAAGGCAUGCGUGUCGGAGGGAGCAGGGAGAUAUCCAUCCCGGCCGCCCUAGGGUACGGUGCUCGCGGGACGGGACCCAUCCCGCCAAACCAAGACCUCGUGUUCCGUGUUGAGUUGGUCGACGUAUUGGGCAAGUAGAUUGCCUCAUUAUGCCGGGAGGGUUCCGGGCAGUGAUUGUGCGGGGUGUGGCUCGGUCCUUGUACCACGUAGGCAGUACCGUGUACAACGCUCGCGGCGAAAUAAUUUAUGUCGGCACGCGAAUACAUCUCUCCUGGUGUUAUAUAUCGUGCUACAUUUCUGUCUCGUCCCUGAAGCGGAGGCAGUAACAUUUCCGUCGGAUCCGUCGGCAAGAGGAAACAUCUCUGCUGCUGCUAUCUCGUGCCGCCUAAUCUAGUGCAGUCUAGAAGAGACAUCAAAACGCGCUUGUCGGGGUUUCCCUGCCUCAGUUGUUUGCAAAGGGGAGGGAAGGGGUGGGGCUGAAGGGAGCAAUCGUCUGUUUGGAGGCAUGCGUGGGAAGGGAGGGGGAAGGGGAAGGAAGAAGGGAAUUGAGUUUUUUUUAUUUUUUUAUUUUUGCCUGUUUGUUUGUGGCAACGUGCGCGGGCGUGAGGUGUCCCGAUGCAUGUAGACUACAGCAAGUAGCGCUUUUUGAGAUGGAUGUUGGGUGUGUUCUCUCUGGCACACUUGUGUCCGUCCACCUCAACGCGAAGGUCGGUCACGGUGAUAUGAUGGUCAUGGCUGCUGCUGUGGCUGAAUGUACUGCUGUGCACAAUACAAGUGGUGGGUUGCUCUUCGGAAAUUAGAGCGAAAGAAGCGAAGCAUGGGCGGAGUGAGUGCGGAUAGCUCCGUUUUUUUUUCUUGGCUGGGUGUUGAGGUGGAUGUUCGCCGGCCGUCAAAAGGGCGAUCAGCCCCCUGGCAAAUCGCCUCCUUUCUGCGUGUUGGCACCCAGCGAGGUACCACGGCCUAGAUGGACAGCAGCAGUGCUAAUAUUAUUUUGGCGAUGGUACGCCAACCUAUUAUCUGUAGCGAAACAUCCGGGGCCAAGUUCUCUCUUCGGUAGCGUGUCACCUUGUGCUGCGUUGUCAUCGUGAUUUACAUGCAUGGUGCACACCUGUUUCAUUUUUUUUUGUUGAAAAUGUCUUUCUUGUCCUACCUGUGGUGACUUGUACUUGAAAGAGGUUAAAAAACGCAGGAAACCGUCGAGCUCUACAAUAAUAUUAUCUCUU